UUUACAAUGGCACGUCUCUACAUCAGCAAGAUGAAAUCCGAAGCCAAGACCUUAAUGGCACACUGCACAAGUUUGGAAGGUAUGCAAGCAGAUAACAACAAGAAGUUGGAGGAAGUUGAAGGCCAGCUGUCUUCAUGCAAGCUGCUGGUGCAACAGCAUGAGGCCAAGAUGAACAUGGUGAGUGAUUCAUUGAAAGAAGUUGAACAGAAAAAGUCGUCACUUCAAGAACAAGUUGACCAGUUGACAGAAGAAUGUGCCAAAUUAAAAGCACAAGAACAACUGUUUAUGGCUCAAAUGGAAGAACGAGAGAAGGUCAAAGACGAAAUUCAAGCGACCAAUCAGAUGAAGGAUGCUCUUGAGAAGCAGAUGGAAUCACACAGAGAACAACACCAGAAACAGUUGAAUGAAUUGAGGCAUGAGAUUGCUGAUAAGCAAUCAAAAAUUGAUCAACUUACCGAAACCUGCAAACGUUUGGAACUUGCUAAGGACAAACUCAGCUCUGAUUAUGAUCGUUUGAAACAAGAGGAAGUAGAGAAAACAACGAAGCUUAAUGAAUUGUCGUUGCAGAUGGACAGACGUGAACAGGCUAAACAGGACCUCAAGGGUCUCGAGGAAACCGUCGUGAAGGAACUUCAAACCCUGCAUAAUCUCAGAAAGCUCUUCGUGCAAGACCUUCAGAAUAGAGUGAAGAAGUCCCAGUUGAAAUCGGAGGAUGAUGAAGACGAGAGUCUCAGCAGCCAGGCACAGAAGCAAAAGAUCUCUUUCCUUGAAAAUAAUCUCGACCAGCUUACUAAAGUUCACAAACAACUUGUCAGAGACAAUGCUGAUCUUCGAUGUGAACUUCCAAAACUUGAGAAGAGAUUGAGGGCCACUAUGGAAAGAGUCAAGGCCUUGGAGCAAGCUCUCAAGGAAGCCAAAGAAGGUGCCAUGAAAGACAGGAAGAGAUACCAAAUGGAAGUUGACAGAAUCAAAGAAGCAGUCCGCCAAAAAAAUCUUCUCCGUCGCGGGCACUCAGCCCAAAUUGCCAAGCCAAUCAGGGCAGGGCAGUUUCCAUCUCCCCCAUCACAACCAGCUGUCAUCAGAGGUGGAGGAGGGGCUCCAGUGAUUGUCAAUCAAAAUGGGCAAUCGUAA